GCGGAAGCGGUGACAUUUCAACCAUGCUCAAACGCGCCGAGCCAGGACCGAUACGUCGUGCAAGAAUGGGCGAUCGGUGAUACAGGGGCUCCAUGGAAGUUCGCCGGCGUGUUCGAUGGACACAUUGGGGAAGCGACUGCCGAACGUAUUGUGGAGGUGCUCCCUGGUCUCGUCCGCGAGUCUCUCGAGAAACUGCCACUGUCCAACCCUCCGGGCGAUAACGUUCCGGCUGUCUCGGAUCUGUUGGUGAAAGCGAUACGUGACUUUGACGAGUCGCUCCUGCAAGACUUUCUGGGCAUAUUCCCUGGCGGGAUAGAGGAAGCUACUAACAUGACGGACGAUGAGCUCAAGGCUAGGAUGGACGAAGGCGACAACCGAGCGAGGUUCGACCGAGCCAUGUCCGGGACGACCGUCCUCGUCUCUUUGCUUGAUCCUUCCGGUUCCAACCUUUGGAUCGCCAGUCUCGGAGAUUGCCAUGCCGUCCUCGGGACUCAGACGGAGUCUUCGGAAUGGCAACUACAAGUCUUGAGCGGAGACCACAACGGCAACAAUCUGGAAGAGGCCACGCGCAUCCGCCUCGAACAUCCUGGUGAACGCGAGUGCGUAAUGGAUACCAAGUGGGGUACUAGGGUCCUCGGUGCCAUCGCCGUCACCCGAGCUGUGGGUGAUUACCACUUCAAGCUACCGCUGGCCUGGAUCGAGAUAUGGCAUCGUGUCAAGGGCAACAUCAACUUCAGCAUUACAACUGCCGACGCUUGGAAAGCCCGCAUCCUCACCCCUCCGUACGUGUCCAACACCGCAGAUGUUCUUCACAUCCAGCUCGAUCCCCUCUCGGGCAACCACAAGCGGUUUUUGAUCAUGAGCUCGGACGGGUUAUAUGACUUGCGGCCAGAGGAAGAGAAAGAGAGGCCGGUGACGACGUACGCGCUGGAGUGGCUGAAGGCCGCCGCGAAAGCGCAGGACUCGAAGGCGAACCUCGCAAUGGAGGUGUUACGGCAGGGCCUCGGGGGCGAGCACGAAGGGAAGGUAUCGGCGAUGCUGACGCUCGAAAAUAAGAAUCGGUGGACGGAUGAUAUCACGAUCAUCGUCAGGCCGUUGUAG